AUGGCCUUCUGGCUGUGGUGGCUGCGGCGCCACAAGCGGCCUGCUGGCUGGCUGGACAGGUCCGUGACGGAGGAUUGGACCUACGACGAUCUUUGCCUGAACCCUCCCACUCGUGUGCUCAAUGCUGGCAGUGGGCCCAUUGUGCCUGGGGAUUUGCAAUGCGGGCCGAGCACUGUGGAGGUGGUGUCCAGCGAUGGCCUGGCGGAUCUCUAUGGCAGCCUCUACGCGCAUCUGCAGCUGCGGCCGCCCAAGCCGCUGACUCAGUGCAUGCUGGAGGACAUUGGCAGCUGCUUCCCCGCUGAACACUUCGACUUGGUCCACGUGCGCAACGCCUUGGACCACGCCCUGCACCCCACCCGGGCGCUGCGGGCGAUGCUCCGAGUGCUGCGCCCGGGCGGACGGCUCUGGCUACGCCACGCCAGGAACGAGGCGGAACACAUGAACUUCACCGGCAUGCACCAGUGGUCCUUCGACCUGGCGGAGACUUCGGUUCCCGUGCUGCUCUUUGGGGAGGGAAGGCACCGCAUCGACCUGCAGACGGAGUUCAAUGACGAGGCUGAGGUCAACGCGUCCUUGGUGUCUUUGCCUACGCCCGGGGAGACGCUGAGCCGUGCCUCCUACGUCUUCGUGGACUUCCGAAAACGGCGCUGA